AUGCUGGUUCAUUAUAAAAACAAAAGUGUCACAGUUGUCAGAUGACAAAUGGGAGCUGGUUCGGUAAUGCUGGAGACACUGCUAUUACGUGAGGGACAGAAUUUGCAAUGGAUUCACAUUUAGAUUUGAACUAUAAUUAUACUGAUUAUGAUAACACCACCUCUGUUAAUUUCAAUUCUGAUGAAGCUGUUUACCAUAAUCCCACCACUACAUGUUUUACUGAGGUUAUUUGCCUGUUGUUGCUGGUGAUCAAUGUGAUCAUCUGUCUGCUGGGCCUGGGAGGAAAUGGUGUGGUCAUCUGGAUUGCAGGAUUUGGCAUGAAGAGGUCAGUCAAUACUACCUGGUACCUGAGUCUGGCUGUAUCUGACUUCAUAUUCUGCGCCUGUUUGCCUUUUAACAUCGCCCACAGUGUCACAUCAGACUGGAUUUUCGGCCUCUUCAUGUGCAAGUUUACUUCCUUCGUCAUGUUCCUCAACAUGUUCAGCAGCAUCUUCCUCCUCGUCAUCAUCAGCAUGGAUCGCUGCAUUGUCGUCAUGUUUCCUGUUUGGGCACAGAAUCACCGCACUAUUGGAAAAGCAUCUGUAUUGAUCGUACUCGCGUGGAUUGUCGCUGCAAUAUUAAGUAUCCCGUCUAUCAUAUACCGUGAUGUCCAGAAACACCUAGGUAUAAGCCAAUGCAUUAACAGCUACUCAUCCAGCAAGUACAGCCACACAUUCAUUGCCUUGAGCCGCUUAGUUACUGGAUUUUUCAUCCCUUUCAUCCUCAUCAUUAUUUGUUAUACUGUCAUCAUCCUCAGACUGAAAGCCACUAAGAUGGCAAAGUCCAAAAAACCGUUUAAGAUCAUGACGGCUCUUAUUCUGACCUUCUUCCUGUGCUGGCUGCCGUACCACACGUUUGUGCUAAUUGAACUAAAUGGAACCUUCCACAAAGAGGUCAUUAUUCUCGGAAUGAAAAUUGGCACCACAUUUGCCACCGCAAACAGCUUCCUGAACCCCAUUUUGUAUGUUUUCAUGGGCAAUGACUUCAGGAAGAAGUUCAGGAGCUCCAUUUUAUCAAAGAUUGAGAAUGCCAUUGGAGAAGACGGCCGAACGAUCAGCCGCUACCUGUCUCGCUCCAGCUCAGUGGAUGCAAGGGCGUCCACUCAUAUCUAAAGAAUAAACUGGAAGUAAUAUUUUUUCAGUUAUUUUUUUUUAAGUACGGCUGUCAAUUUAAAGCAUACAUUUUUUGUACAAUUAAUUUUAAACUAAUCUAAAAAAACAAACUGUAAUGUGCCUCCUGACUGUAAAUUCCAUAAUAAGGACACUUAUACAUUGUAAAAAAAAAUAUAUAAAAAAAUAAAAACAAAACUUGUAAAUACAGAAAAAAAAAGUUUAUUGGAUUAUGUUUUACCAAGCACUAUUUCGGUCUUUAAAAUGAAUUUUUUAAUUCAAUGUGUUACUUGCUUUUUCUUUUUAAUUAUUUGUAAAAGUUAAACUUCUGGAUGAAAAUUUGCUUCAACAUUAAUUAUUUUUGAGUGUGAAAUAUCUAAGCUGAAAAGCCCCAAACUUGACUACAAAUAGCCAAAAAGCAAAAGAAAAGUAAAAAAAAAAACAGAAAGUAAAUGUUGCAUUACAUCCAUCUAUAUUUUAUAAAAUAUGUAAUUUUAUAUAUACUGCAUAUAAAUCUUUUUUUAAUAAAUCACAUCCAUUUCUGAA